AUGGACUACAUCAACCAGCGCGUGGCCCAAGAGGCCGCCAAAGACCCCUCAGCAAUCGUCACCGGCUUCAUCACACCCCUGAACCUCAUCCUCCUCGUCAUAACCCUCUACACGACCUACCUCCUCUACAAGCCGUCCCCUCCCGCGGCCCUGCCCCGCGACGCCCCCGCCGUCGUCUUCAAGACGUUUACCCCGCGCACCCUGCUGCCGUACAACGGGCUCAACGGCAUGCCCGUGUACCUCGCCGUGCGGGGCCGCGUCUUCGACGUCACCAGCGGCCGCAACUUCUACGGCCCCGGCGGCCCCUACGAGAACUUCGCUGGCCGCGAUGCUAGUCGUGGGCUCGCGUUCCACAGCUUCGAUGAGGAUAUGCUGACGAAGGACCUUGAUGGCCCGCUUGAUAAGCUGGAGGGCCUGGGACCGGAGGAGAUGGAGAGCUUGAAGGGCUGGGAGGAGAGGUUCGAUAGCAAGUACAUGGUUGUUGGACGUCUGGUUGCGCAGGCGGAUGCGUGA